AUGCCUCAUCACCUUCAAGGUUGUCUCGCAAAUUGUCUCGCCUGGGCCACACAAGUCUUAUCCUGUCUCCUCUGCCUGUAUAGAAAAAUAUCUUGUGGCCUAUACACUUUCAAGUCCGAUAUUCGGGACGACGAAAAGGAAAGCACAUUGAUAAUAGGGUACGAUGCUCCCUCCUUUUUGGGGCAUGGACGUAUGCUCACGAUAUAUUUAAAGUUCUCGGAGCGGAAUACUAGACUUGCUACAACUAUCGUACCUUGGUAUAGACCGCCCUCGCGUCUAUUUGCUCUUGUUUUCGGAGUCAACGACUACCAACACCAUGGCAUCAAGAACCUGCGCGGCGCCGUUCUUGAUGCCAACAGAGUGGUCAGCUUUUUACGGACGCGCGUACCUGGGGACCGCAUUAUUAAUCUUCGAGACAAAGAGGCUAAUCGCCAGAAUAUUGUAGCGGAGCUUCACUCACUUGCCACGAACCCCGCCAUCGAGUACGGUGAUCCCAUUCUCAUCUUUUAUGCUGGACAUGGAGCGCAGGCUAUUCCUCCUGAGGGGUGGCCAGCGGGUGGAGGAUCGGAUCCACGCAUUGAGAUGCUUUGCCCGUAUGAUUUCUCUCCAGAGCUCAAUGCUCCUACGAACCGCCGGGGAAUUCUUGACAUCACCCUUGCUGUCAUACUCAAUGGAAUCGCCGAGACUAAAGGGAACAAUAUCGUCAGGUCCCUUCGUAAGACGGUCGUUCUUGACAGCUGCUACGCCGGCUCGGGAACCAGAUGCCAUGACGACAACUCGCAGAGUAUGAUACGCAGCGUGGAACUCCCCAAAGACUACGCUGUCUGGCCGGCCAUUCAUGACGACGUAUUGUGGCAAGGCGGUUCACGCGCUGAACGAAUAGUUGAGGGAUUUGAUCGAUCGGGUUCACGGUCUCACGUCCUGCUGGCAGCUUGUAAGGCAGGUCAGCAAAGUGCGGAGGAUGCUAGUGGUGGUCUGUUCACAAGAGCUCUGCUCGAAGUUCUUCAAGACUGUGAUGCAGCGAAAAUCACAUACGAAGAGCUCAUUUCUAGUCUUCCGUAUAUCCCCGGCCAGGACCCUCAAUGCGCAGGGGCUCACCGGUCCAGAUUGUUGUUCACUACCGAGGAGUCCAGUUUGGACCAUUUCCACACUGUUGUAAAGACAGACAGCGGGUCCUACGAGCUGAACAUCGGAGAGGCUUCUGGAGUGAUGACCGACGCAGAGUUCACUUUCACCGCUGAGAUGAAAGUCGCCCCCCACUCUACCGACGCUACCUUCCCGUCGUCUGGUGUAGCAUAUGCGAUACAAACCCGAAGGGGGCUGGGGUUACACCUAAGGGUGUCGAUACCUGAGAACCCGCUUCUCGCAAGUAUCAGAAACCAACUCAUUACCGAGGGCUCUCGCGAACGCAAGGUUGCUCUUGUCGAAGCAUGCGCAUGCCCACCCCCUGACAUAACUUUGUUGCCAAAGGAAGAUGGUGCAGUCUUCUUCGAGCUCAGAGACAAGACAUGUCGUGCUGCUGGACUCACGCAGUGCUAUCAUGCGGUUCGGUGUGGAGUUCCAAAAGCCUCAGCUACCGACGAAACACCCGACGACGCCAUCUUCACCCAAAAGGUUGUCGACAUCAUCUAUAUGAUUGCUGAUUUCUAUUGGCAACUCGCUCUCGCUCCGGAUAAAAACCGUCUUCUACGACACAAGGAAGGACAUCGAGAGGAAAUGAUUCGUCUGGAAUGCUUCGAGCUUGACGAUACUUGGGAUAGCAAGCGCCUCGUACGGUUCUCGCGGGAAAAGGACGCAAAUAAUAAUCUCAUCGCCGAUGGAGUAUUAAACGUGGCUGUCGCAGAGAACAAAACGCUUGGGUUCAAGGUCGUCAACGAGACUGAGAUUCCUCUCUUCGCUGCUCUGUUCUAUUUUGAUAUGAGCGAUCUCAGCAUCGUGCCAUACUACGAGCCCAACACAGCCAACGGCUAUGAUGCAGACUACUCCAUCGCCCCACAAGGCGAACUCACCGUUGGUUAUGGCGCAGGUUCUUUCUGCGAAGUGGCCAGACGGUCGACGUCGGAUACCUGA